AUGGUUCGCAAGAAGGUGAAUCUCCAAUGGAUCACCAAAGCCUCCAAGCGUCGUGCGACGUUUAGGAGGCGCCGCGAUAGCAUUAAGAAGAAGGUCGAUGAGCUAGCCACACUCUGCGGCACCAAGGUGGGUGUCGUGUUGUACAGCGAGGAUCAGGCUAAGCCAUUGGCUUGGCCUAAUGACUCAGAGGCCAAAGAUAUCUUCAAAAAAUUCAUCGACAUGCCAGAUCUUGGCAAAAGAUUCAAGAAGAUGCAGAACCAGGAGGAACUUCUUAGCACCCGCAUCCCCAAGCUCCAACACCAGAUAAGUAGGUUGGAACGUGAGAACUACACACAUGAGAUCUCAUUCCUUCUCUAUGAGAGCAUUGAUGGACGCCGCCCCGGUCUCAUCAACACCACUGAGAAGGAACGCACCAGCCUUGGCGAGAUGGUAGAAGAGAAGAUUAAGAAAAUCAAAGAACGUAUACGACAACUUCAAGGAGUAGCACUAGAGGCCCAUCUACCACUACAGCUACGGUCAUCGCCAAACCAGCCACUAGCACCCUGCACAUUUAAUGAGAUGGCGGUAGUGGGACGCGUGCCACCCCAACAACAACAGGAUUGGGUUGCUAGCCUCACCACCAAUGGAGGCGAGCUUGGCACCAUUGUCUCCGGUGCCUUCGCUAGUAGCAGUGGUGGGGUUGACAUGAUGCACCCUUACAAUAUGGAUUAUUUCUCAAGGUUCCCAUAG